UUUUUCCCUCAAAUUGUAUUUUGAAGUCAACUGAAAGAACGUUUUCUGGGAGUGGCUGUAUAUGAUAUACCCAGUGGCCAAAGUGAGGAGAACAGCUGAAGGGGGAAGACAGAGCGUCUGCUGCUGAAAGGAGCAAAGACUGAAGGCUGCAGGAUGAAGACCUCUGGAACUUGUAUACUGCUGUGUCUCUUAUCACUUUCUUUGUCCCCAUCUGACUGGUAUCCAUGGGCAGUACACGGGCAAGAACCAGAAUCCAUAACUGAUGAUCCUAGCACUGACUUGCUCAUCAGCACCUCAGCUGCAGCUGUAACACCGCCUGUCCUUCUUAGCCCUGUUCAGUCUGACACUGAAGCCACAACAGCUGCAUCAGAUUGUCGGGAAGAGCAGUUCCCUUGCACACGCCUCUAUUCUGUUCAUAAACCAGUGAAGCAGUGUAUCAGCUACCUCUGUGUUACCAGUGUGCGUCGCAUGUACAUAAUAAACAAGGAGGUGUGUUCUCGCAUUGUCUGCAAGGAGAAUGAGGUCAUGCAAGAUGAGAUCUGUCGCCAGCUGGCUGGCCUUCCUUCUCGACGUCUCCGCCGCUCUGGGCGGCCCCUGAACCUCCCUUGCAGACAGCUCCUGGACCAGCAACGCAGAAGGCGUGAUGCUCAGUAAAAUACCAUGAGUAGAAGAGAAAGGAGAAAAGAGAAAUAAUCUACUCAGAUAAUCCACUGUGUAUAACCAAGACAAGUCCUGCUUGCCUUUUUUGUUUGUUUUCCCACCAUUUUCUUGCUGCUUGGCCUUCCCCCACAUCCUCUUCUUCAGGUACUGCACACAGAGUCCCCUUUCUCCUAUUCUGUCAUGGUAGCUGCUGUUACACACUAAAUCUGCUGAGAGUAUGUGAUGCUGCCUUCUUU